AACAGCGCGCGCGCUAGUUUCGCAACUGACCGCGUUAACCAGCGAGUCCAUGCCGAGCAGCUGUGGAGUUGGCCGCUGCUCAAAUCUUCGUAGUUGGAGUGUGUAUUGUGAGCCCGUCUACUCUCCGCUGCAAGAGCGCAUCGCGUGCACAACGUGUGCUUAGCGUUGUCCUCGUGCUUACGACGGUUCACGGUACAUUUGAAAUCGAGCACGGCGAGUAGUACGUUGCUUUAUCGUUGCUGCUGAGAGCCUCACCUUGCUUGAGCACGCAUGCACUCGACGGUCGAGCUAUCUUGUAUCAGAAGGUGCCGGCUAGGUUUCUCGUGUUGACAGAUCUCGCGCUACAGGUGCGACGUUACGUUCUGACACAAUACGGGAGCAACCAAAGGUGUGGUGUGAGCCGUUGCAAAUGAAUGGCAUUGCAGUGACGACGUGGUAGUUGGAAAACGUUUUUUUUUCGCCCGUUUUCACCGGCUGCGUUUGAGUGUUGUCGGCUCCGAAAAUAUCGCGUUGUGCAUUCCACGACCUUACAAUGGAUGUCGACCAAGUUUUCCACCUCGUUGGCGAGGUUGGGCCACAACAGAUUCUCUACUUCAUUUACACGGCUAUCCUCGGCGGUUUGUUUGUGAGCGGAGAGAUGCUGCAAAUUGUGUUCACCGGUGCGACGCCCGAGUUUCAGUGCUGGAAUGGCUCGACACCUUCAACGGCGGGCUGUGACACGGACAACCGAUGCGAGUACCCGCACUACACGUCCAGGUUCACGUCUAUAGCCACCGAGUGGAAUCUCGUCUGUCAUGAUGAAUACUUGGUGAAGAUGGUGCAAGCCGUCUUCAUGGCCGGCGUUAUGACUGGUGCCUUUGUGUUUGGCUACAUCUCCGACAAGUUUGGACGGCGGCGCACACUACCAUCUGCAGCCAUAGGCAUUUCGGUCAUAACUUUCUUCGGGGCCUUCGCCCCGAGCCUGGCCCUACAUGCGACCUGUCGCUUCUUUGCCGGCAUGACCACGGCAGCCGUGGCACUCAUUACGUUUGUGCUGAUGACCGAGCUUGUGGGUCCAUCUAAGCGGGCACUAAUGGGCAUGCUGUUCCCGGGUGUGUUUGCUUUGGGCAUUGGACUGCACGCUGCACUUGCCUAUUUCAUUCCGGACUGGCGCCACUACACUAUUGCGACAGCUGCCCUGAGUGCUCUCUUCAUACCACUUGCCCUGCUUCUGCCCGAAAGCCCUCGCUGGUUACUUCUGCACGGUCAGCGACCACAGGCACGGCAAGUCCUUCUGGACAUAGCAGUGCGCAAUGGCCGAGCGCAUUGCCUGCCGCGUACCUGGGACCUACAGGAGCCGAAAGUGCACCACAAGGGAACUAACCCGAUGGCACUGUUCACCAGCUCCACCUUGCGCCUUCGAACCCUCAUUCAAAUCCUUCUUUGGUUAGUGAACGGCAUCACCUACUAUGCCCUCACAAUGGCUGCCAGCAGCGUAGGCGGCGACCUUUACAUGAGCACAGCCCUGUCGGGCUUCAUCGAGAUUCCGGGAUACCUGCUGUCAGCAGUGCUGCUCAGUUAUAUCGGCAGGCGGCACUCACUGUUUGCUGUGAUGCUAAUUGGAAGUGUGGCGUCCGUUGCGCUCCAGUUUUCUGAUCACUUUCACUACAGCACUGCAGUGCGUGACAUUGUCUCGCUCAGUGCCAAGAUGUGCAUAUCAAUGUCCUUUGCCAUCAUCUACGUCUAUUCAGCCGAACUCAUGCCUACCAUUGUCAGGAACGUCGGAAUGGGCAUUGUGUCCGUUGCUGCAAGGGUUGGUGGCAUAAUCUCUCCAUUUGUCAGCUUGUUGGAUAACUUGAUUCCCGGGCUGCAGUUUACCGUCCUUGGUGUCAUUAUGCUCGUCUCGGGACUGUCUGCGCUCGCACUUCCAGAGACCGGGGGCCAACACUUGCCCGAGACCAUAGAGGAAAUCGAGGACGAAGACAAGCGUCCGCUUCUGUCGCCGACAUCGUCGGGCGUCUUUUCGCGGGCGUCUCUAGACGAAGGGAUUGUGCGAUCGUCCAGCAGUUCGGAAGACGAGCUGUACUCUGUACACCAACGGCCGGCCGUGGCGUACGGAUCAUAGUACGAAGCACUAAAGCAGUUGUGAUGGACUGUGCUCCACUGGAUCGAAGAUCUCUAUUUCAGCAUUGGCAUGCCGGAAGCGCCUUGCUCAAAGGCAAAGGAGAACGCUGUUCUGGUUAUUCCCACGUCACCUUUUAUAUUCGUCAACAUCUGAAAGGCGUUCGCAUCAGUAAGCUGCUGACCAAAUGUAGCUGUGAAACUGGUUUCGGGCGUUCCGUGUUCGUGGUAAGCCAAAAGGGACGCAUGCAGCGAACCGUGGACCUUGAUACUGCGAGACUUGUGCAUUUCACAACGACCACCUCUCUUUCCGCAGGUGAUGAUACUUCCAGCAGCACCUGACUGAGCCAGGUUACGUAGCCAGCUUUUGUUAUAUGCUCUGUGCAACUUACAUUAGGGUACUGUGGAUGAACUUGUUUUGGAAGCUGCAUCGGCUCAUUAUAUGUUGUUUUAAUGUCUUUUCCACUUUGAGUAUUUUCUUAAGAGACUUGAAUAACUGUCGUGGAUGUAUGUUAGCAACUGUGUUGCCCCAGGGCUCUGUACAGGUACUCUCAAUAGAACAAGUUUUGUGAAAGGAAAAAGAAAAACUGAGAGCGUGUUGUAUAUUAUAUGUGUGCUGUCACCUUACACGCAUAUUUUUCUUUGAUGAGGAGCCUUUAUGUACAGCUGCUCUUAAUGGUCGUUUACCUAUAAAGCAUGUUUCUUUCCCUGUGACAUGGAAGGGAAGAUGCUGCCUUAAUUGUACAUUUUACAUACAUAUGUCACUCUUUAUUAUUUGUUUUUAACUUAAGAAAUAGUGCCUACUGUACAAACAGAAAUAGAGACAAAAAUGUGUCAUUGAGAAACUUGCGUAUAGUGGACAAUCAUGGCAUCAAUCUGAUAAAACUAUGAGUUAUAAGAAAACAAGAAGUGCUCCUUUCUGUUUGAGCUAGAAUCAUCUUGCUGAUUCUUCAAUGGCUGUCACUUGCGACAGCCUAUCUAUUUAAAUUCUGAUGCAAAAUCAAACCAGCAAAAUACUGCAUAAUUUUGUAAAAGCCUUUACAUACAUAUGUCGUUAGUCAUUUGAGAAGCUAAAGCCCUGUUUGUGUGUCAUGACAGAUGCUUAUUUUUUUAUGAUGUAAAUUUGCUUUAGCUGUAGUUUGACAGCGAGUACAAGUGUUCCUUAACAAGUGUUGUAGUGAUGGCUUCCUCCCCAGUUAUUCUUUUUUUCUCUGAUAAUAUUGUUUAUUAGCCAACACCUGGAGCAUGAUACAUACCAGUGUACUAUUAGUGAAAGGUGUGUGCAAAACCAAAUUAACAUUCUGCUUUGCCUAUACUGGCAGAAAAAAAUAUAGCAUUAUCAAAGCUGUGUCAUGGUUAGUAAAAAUGCUGUGCCAGUUUUUAUAGCUGACAUUGCUCGAGAUUUUUUUGCUACUGCAAUGAAUGUGGCUGUAAGAUGUUCAUACUGAAAACUUCCUACAAUAUACCUUGUUACAACCUUUGUGGUCAUCGUGUAUGAGUGUUUUACACCACUGUAUUCUUGAUUAUGCCUGCUGAGCAAGUUUGCCAUCAUCUGAUGGGACCAAUAUACAGUUCACGAUUACGUGGAAACACUUUUGCCUCUUCUGCUACCAACCAUGCUAAUUACUGCUUUGUACAGCUGUAAAUGCAAAUCGAAGCUGCUGGUGAAAAUGCGAGGUCUAUCUUUCAGACUGCUAUCCUACCCUUCCAGCCUUUGUCACAAGUUUGGAAACUACUGCAAGAGUUUGUUAAAAACUCUCGAUUCCGAGGGUGGCGUGCAAAUGCUUGUGUAGCAUUGCUAUACCAACAAUAAGGCAAGGGGCACUGCUUCUCAGCUCCAGGCAAUUUUCAGUGACAAAGAAUCCAGCUGGUUGACCCCAGGACAGCUACAGUGAUGCAUGUAGUGGCUUUGAAACUUUCGACGGACACUGUAUCCUGACAUACAAGGCUCAUCAAGGCUGUGCGAGUAGGUAUCACAUGAGUGCAGUAAUGAAAGUGCAUACCUUGAUAAGGGAAGUAGUGAACCGUAUGUCAUAAAGUGAAGUGCCUUAUUCUUAGUGACUUUUGUGGUGCACUGGUAAUAGAAAAAGAAAGGGUAAUGGUGUAAACUGUGAGUAAUCAUGCAGCAUGUGAUUGUGGGAGUGCGCUUUGCAAAGGUUCAUAUUUGUAAACUUUGUGCACUGUUCUGCAGUAAGGAACAAAAUGCUGGUGCUAUGCACCUGGCUUCAAAAGCAUGGCAUGCCGCUUGUGAAUCUCUGUCAACAGUUGCCAAAUAAUUUCGGGGUUUCUUUAUGGUACACUUCACAUUUUGCUUCUUGCAACUAGUAACUGAAGUGUUUGUGAAUUCUUCCAUCACUGGUGUUUGCAGUCAGAAUGCAGUGCACGUUAUAACUGCAGCUGCUUUGUACUGUUCUUCCAUUGUAUGUUUUCAUUGCGACACCAUUGUGAGUGUCUGCGUGCUACUUUAGCAGCAGUCAUUACACAUUCUAAACAUUUUCAUACAUUCCAUGUCAUUGCGUGACCUUCAUAGAAUGUAUCUUAUUCUUCACAAACGUUGACUGUCACAUGAUGGAACUCGACAAAUGUGUAUGAACCACUGGCAGAAAAGCCACCAGUACGUACUAGUUUGUACAUAUCAGUUUGUACGUACCACUGAGUAUAGACAAAUCUUUAGGUUGUUUCCUUAUGUUUAACUGUUCUUUUCAUAAAUUGUUCUAAGCUGUGCCUUUGUUCAACACUCUCCAAUGCUUCAUAUCAUUCAAUGAAGGAAAAGUGGGUGCGUUGCGGCUGUCUCUCCUCUGAGUUGGAAAAUAUGCAAUCUUGUUUUGUUAUGUUACUGUGGAAAUUGUAUCGACAUUUUGAUACUUAAUUCUGUUGUUAUGCAUGGUCAUCUGCUAAUACAGCCAAACAUCAAUACAAAAAGUGUGAAUGUUGCAAAUUGUUGGAUACAACGAAUCCUGCAUUAUUUCAUGCCUGCCAACUUCUAUGUGUAACUGAUACAAGCUUCUGAUCAAUAUUCUGUAUAACAAAGGUACUUUUGGCAGAUGCGAUUUUGCUUCAGUGAUUGGAACGUGUAGGAUUUAGACGCACUCGUGUUCAGUCUAAUAUUAGUUCACAUGGUUACAUCAAUUUAUCUCUUAGCCUGCUGGGCCUCACAAUUUCAUCCUUCUGAUAUAUAAGCGUUUUAAUACUAACAAAAAACUUUCAUUCCGGCAGCCCUUCAAAUUUUUUGCUUUUUGUAUUAUAAAUAGGAUGCCAAAAGAAGUUCAUAUUUUGAAAGUGGCAAACUGCUAGCACAUAGAAAAGUAGAAACAGCCUGCUUUAGUUGACUUGUAAUUAAGAUAUGGCACUCACAAGGCGUCUAUGCACCGUUGACUAUGCCUCUUGCAUGCUUUUGCCAUUCACUUAUCAGUAAG